AUGCUCCGUGCGUCAAGAAGAGUAGCAAAACUCCACGCCAUAAGUGCAGCACAGGGCGAUGCAACGCGAUUGCCUAUUAGUGCGUUCUGCUUCUCGCGCCGUCCGUAUACACCGAUAUAUAAACCAGACGAUGCCACCGAUCGCUCAGCUCCGAUACGGCAUGCGGAUGAGCUUCGGGCUCUGUGGGCGCGCCAAAUACCAAUACCAUCGCUUGGACGUGCGAUCGAGGCCUGGCUUCGGUUCGGCAACGACCCUGUAUUGCACACUGCCCUACCAACCCGCCAUCUCUCGGGCUAUUUAGAGGGUGAUUUGGAGAUGGUGAAGAGUGAACCGAAAGUCUCUUCGUCGCCCUUUGCCUAUGUAGAGGAUUACAUGGGUACCAAUUUGGUUCGAGACGACCCAGUGCACAUCAAAGAGAGUGCUGCUGUCUGGAGGGAAUACUUUGAAAAGAAGUAUUCAAUACGCCUGCGACAGUCUCGCCGAACGGCUUCCAACUUCAUCGGUCGUCUAAAUGCGCCUGAGGUUUUUACAGAUGAAGCCGACCAGCCAAACACCAAGUGGACAAGCGAGGUACAUUUCCGAGAAAUGGCUUACCUUAGUGAAACACAUCUCAAGGAAAAGGUCACCAAUCCCCUUCAGUUAGAAGAAAUUUUGUGGUAUAAGUCCGAUGUGAGUGCAUUUCUGGCCUUCUUUCAAGCCUGCCAACAGGAGACCGCGACUCGUAUCCCACUACCCGUACCGUCGGUGUGGGUAUAUGAAGGGGACGCCUGCAAGCAGUGGGCGGAAAAGUACUUACCAGUUACCCGCGCAGCACACACCUUUUUUAAUCAGGUUCUCGCCGCUGAUCUAAAGAAGUUCGACUCACCAACCGAACUGCUUAAGAGGGUUGCGGCCGCACUUCGACAGGUGCAUGCCGUGCUACUGCGCAGACGCGAGCGGCAGCAACGACUAGGUAUUUUCUGUGCACAAGGCUGGGCUGAGGCAAGUAAAGCGGAAAAGGAAGCAUGGACUGCAAAUGAGGUCGAGCGAUGGCAGCGCAGCGUGCAUGAAGGGAUCUAUGAUCCAGAGGAUCUCCUCGAAGUCUCCGACUUUGAUGGGAAUGGUGAGUGGUCAAAAGAGAACGAGGCUAUUAGCGAAAUCCUCAAUGCGCCUAUCCAAGGCUGUUCCUUCACACUUCAGGAGUUUUGGAUGCAUACCAUCCGUCGUGAGGCUCUGGAAACAGAGCAUAUUUUGGUAAAUGAGCGGUUGUGUGAGAUUGACGCGGCUGCACGACGAGCGUUGUACGACACCACCGAAUCCUAUGCCUCAAUUCUCGAGGCGUUGGAGGAGAGCAUCGCGAAGGGGUGGCUCGAUAUUCGCGCGACGGUUUUUCAGCCCCAUCCCAACCCGGUUUGGUGUGCUCUCCACUACGUGAAGUUCGGCGCUUCGUCUGUAGUGCAGCACACGAAUACGGCAAAGCGACAGCUUCUCUUUCACUACGCCGCCUCCCUUAACGAGGUCGCGGCGGCUGCCUUGCUCUACUACAGCACCAAACCACGCAGUGAGAGGCUGGAUUACGCCUCCCCGAACACGCUACGGCGUUCGCUCACGCAGCUCUGCGCGACCUACGCGUUGGAUAUGACGCACGCCGCGCAGCGGCCGAUCUUGUUGAGUGCGGCGAACCUUGCGAAGGCGGAGGACGUCAUUCAACGGAUUUCAUGGCAGGUCGCGCGGCCGUUCGGGCGGCGUCGGCGCGCCCGCCACGCUCAGGCACGUCUAAGAAACCAAAAGUUCCUCCCUGCGGUGAGUGAUAUCCAGAUAGCGGAGGUGGAGCCCGAGCUCCUUGAGGUUGGGGAAGAUCUCACAUCUAGAUGGCAUGCCUCGCGGCAGGGGCGAUUGGAGCCGAUUUCUGCCUGGCCGAUGGGCUCGCGAAAGGCGGUGCACUAUCACUGGCCGACACCUUCACUCGAGAAGCUUCGUCAGGUGUUGCAAAGGGCUAACAUCCGUGGAAACAGCCCUGAGGGCCUUACCGAACAGCAGGUCGUGGAGCUGCAGUCACUCCAUCAACAAGGCGUGCUGGAAAUAUCGCUCUGGAGAAGACAAACCCGUGCGGAGAUGCAGGCCGCGAAGGAGCGGGACGAACACGAGGAAAAGGAACUGACGAUGUUGACUGAGGCGGUUCCUGAGCUGAAAGAGAUUUCUGAGUACGCCAGAACGCUUUACAAACGACUUAAUAGAGAGGAAAUGGCUGCAAGUCACACGGGGGAAAGCUUUCAGGAUACUGAAGACGAGGCAGAGGAUGAAGAAGAAUGGACUUUUGCAUUAAUGCUGGAUGAUAAGGCACCUCUCAAUGGAGAAGAAGUUCGAGAGGUAUAUUUGCCCUUCACGGACAGUACUGGGAAAGAGCUGAAGGAGGGUGAGUAUCGUGUACGGGUGCGUGCCUAUGACGUUGAGACGAACCCCAGCGGUCACCCUACGCUGUGUAGUGAGGCCUUCUCUAACUCCUUCAAGGUUACGGACGCACUCCCAAAGCUCCUAGAAGAGUUUAUUCAUAUUAACCCCAGUUGCACUUCAAGCGAUGGAGUGGAGAAACAUCCUAGUGACGGGAGGGUGCGUGUUUUGGGUGAAAAAUUAAUUGACCUCUGCGAAUUUCUACGUGAAAAAGGUGGCCUGGACAUUCCUUUAGAUUUAGAGUUUGAACUUGGUCAGGAACUGGAUGCGAAGGGGACCUUCUCACUCGACCGGCUCGGGACGCUGCUCCGAGGGAACACCUACCACCGCAGUUUGGCGGAGCACGGCAUCACGGACGCACAGCGUGGGGUGGAGUCGAAGUGCCGCGCGCACUGGACGCUCUACCACGCGGGUGCGAAUGAGGAGGAGUGGAGCUGCGCCCGGCGUGGGGUCCUUGAUGAGGCGAUGGCGCGGCAACGCGACUGGUGGCUGGAGGAUCCGAUCUUAGAGGUCGAAGACGUCGCGACCGACAGCGUCGAUGGGAAUUUAGAUCCCACCUCCUACGUCGCCAUGAUGCGGUAUGGGGCGGAGCUGUGUACGGUUUCGUCGGCCUCGGGAAGCACGCAUGAGGCGGAUCGACUUCCCCUCCCGCCGGGCGUCGUUGACAAGCACUUACGGGCGGAUUGCACGGUAGAUGGUACAGGGGGGAUCCUCUCACUUCGUCUUGGGGACGGCGCGGGCACCGCGGCGGGGUCCGUUUCGAUCGAUCAGGCCCUCGCCGCCGCCCUGGCGGCGACGCAGCGCGCGCAGGAUCGCCACCGAACCCUUAGUAUGUUCAAACUAGGGCCAAUAGAAAAGCAGGCGCAGGCCUUGAAUUUUUGCGGCAUCUACUCCAGUGAGAUGGGGGGCAAGUACGCGCGGACUUUCUGCUACGCCUUGGACAAGGCGAAGGAGGAAUUGGCCGAAACGGCGGCUGUUGGACGGCGCGCAUUGGGCACGGAGGACCUCGACACCGAGCGGCGUUCGGACAUGACUACGGUGGAUCGCUUUGCCUCUGACACCCAUCCGGAACAGCGCAAGAAUCUUUUCACACCGCGCAUCACUUUCAGUGGUGUGAAGUUGGAUGAUCCAACACCCGAUCAAACCAGCACUUGGGGACGAUAG